AUGUCUUGUUGUAUCGAAUAUAACCACAAUUUGGAAGAUAAUGACCCUUUGCUGAAUGAAGUGGGGUACUAUAUCCUCUAUGGAUACAAUAACACUAUAGUAUACUCUACCAAAUAUAACAAUAGCAAUAUUAAUAAUAGCAGCCAUAGUAGUAAUAAUGGCAAUAAUUUAGAUACGAUUGUAUAUCCUACGGUAUCAAAAGAAUUUUCACUUUUUGGUAUUCAUAAAACUCUUAAUAUUACAUCAUCAGAAGAUACAAACGAAUCUUUGAACCACUCGAUAAUAACCAAUGAUAUUAAAAACGAAUCAAUUCAGAUACUAAGAUCAAUUUUAUCCUCGUCAGAAACCACAAGAUCCUACUACACAGUUUCAUACACUGUAAUAAGAGAAACCAGCGAACAAAUUGAAAAAUCACAAAUUUUAUUUUUUCAGGUAUUUUCUAAAGAUUUGGAAACUUUAAAUCAAGUAAACUCUACCAAAAAAAUAGAAGUGCCAUUAAUCGUUGAAGAACUAAACAAAUCAUUUUAUUUAUUUAAUUACUAUUCAAAUUCACUAUCGUCCAUUUCACAUUUAAAUAGUCUACUAAGCAGCAAUAAUAAAAACUCAAUAUACUUCCACAUAGCAAAUAAUAAUGAAAAUAACCCAAUACUUUCAUUAAACUCAAACAAUUUAGAUAAAAAAAUAAUAGAUAUAUUAAGCAAUGGUAAUACUAGUAGCACCCCUAAUAACUUUGGCAACUUUAAUAAAAAUUCAAUGAAUAUUAUAAAUAUUGAAUUACUUUUAAAAAUUACCAACAACUGUAACAAUACACCCCCACUAAUGGCACCAACAAUAUCAUUAAAUAAUAAUAGCAAUAAUAAAUCAAUGAUAAAUGUAUCAAGCCUCUGUUUAAUUUCAAAAGAUGAAACAGUUAAAGAAACAAUUGAACUAUUAAACAAAUCAAUGCUAAACCAAAUUAACAAUAGUGUAAUAAGAGACAACCCUGAAUAUAAUUUUAAAUCUAUUCAUUUUCAAUUUUCAUUUUUACCAUUCCCAAUAACAACCAUUUAUAAAACUAAAAAUAACAACAUUAUUGAUGACGACGAAAAUUAUAAUAUUAGAAAGCAAUAUCACACAACUAUAGGUUUACCAUUAAAUAGACCAUUUUUAAAAUCAUCACUAUCAAUAAAUUUACAACAACAGCAGCAAUCAUUGUCGAAACCAUCUAAGAAACAGCAACACAAUCAUAUAAAAGAUGUUCAUUUAAACUUAUCUUUGGACUGUAAAACUGAGGGUAAUGUUUUUCUAGUUGAUGGCUCAUACGACUACUAUCACUAUCUACAAGAUAAUAUAGAUGAUAAUGGCUGGGGAUGUGCAUACAGAUCAAUGCAAACUAUAUGCUCAUGGCUAAGAUAUCAAAACUAUACCAACAAACCAAUUCCAACUCACUAUGAAAUUCAAAAAACACUUGUAGAACUAAAAGAUAAAGAUCCAUCAUUUUUAAAAUCAAAGCAAUGGAUUGGGGCCUUUGAAAUCACACUAUGCUUAGAAUAUUUAUUUAAUAUUAAAUGUAAAAUUUUAAAUAUCUCAAGCGGCUCCGAAGUUAUUUAUAAAUCCAGGGAAUUAGCAAAACAUUUCCAAACCAAUGGUAGUCCCAUUAUGAUUGGUGGUGGCGUAUUGGCAUAUACCCUAUUGGGUAUUGAUUUCAAUGAAUCAACUGGGGAAACCCGAUAUUUAAUUUUAGAUCCUCACUAUACAGGUUCAACAGAAAAUAUUAAACUAAUAAAAGAAAAAGGUUGGUGUGGUUGGAAAUCAUCUGAUUUAUUUAGAAAAGAUGCAUUCUAUAACUUUUGCCAACCACAGAUACCAAAUGAUUUAUAG